AUGAAUUUUAUAUAUUUUUGUAGAACGGUAAUGAGUGCAUUUCUACGUAAUGGCGGUGUUGACCGUAAGGAGUAUGUAUAUCAACCACUGCAACCUUCUGAGGAGAUCAUUGAGCUUCAUGAAAUCGAUGAUGAUUUGUUUAAUAAUACUGACAAGAAUAACCUACAGAUUAAAGAUGAAACCAAUGAAUCUGAAGAGAGUUUCACAGUUGAAGAGGCCAUUAACCACUUAGGAUUCGGUCCUUUCCAGAUUCAGCUUAUUGGACUUGUUGGCAUGUGUUCGAUGGCCGAUGCAAUGGAAGUGAUGAUGUUGAGUAUCAUUGCUCCAGAAUUACGGUGCGUCUGGAAGCUACCCCGUUGGCAAGAGGCGCUCAUUACCACUGUUGUAUUUGUCGGCCAGUUCUUUGGUGCUUCGCUUUGGGGACAGUUCUGCGAUAAAUUUGGACGUAAAAAAGGUUUGAUAGCAUGUUCUAUAUGGAUUUUCUACUACGGCCUUUUGAGUUCCAUUGCUCCUAAUUAUGUUUGGUUUUUGUGUAUGAGAAUGUUGGCCGGUUUUGGCAUAGCUGGCGGCAAUCAAGGAGCCACAUUGAAUUCCGAAUUUUUGCCGUCCAAUGUCAGAGGAAAGUGUCUAGCCUUAAUGGGGUCAUUCUUUGCCAUUGGAUCUAUUGGCAUUGCCCUUUUAGCCUUAGUUACCAUGUCAACUCUUGGGUGGAGAUGGAUGCUUGCUCUCUCUGGGAUUCCUCUGGCAUGUUUCAUUUUAAUGUCAAGGUGGUUGCCAGAAAGUGCACGGUAUUGCAUGCUGUGUGGUAAAACAGCUGAAGCAUAUUACACAUUGAUGAAGGUUGCCAGGCUUAAUAAGAAAUCAAUGCCACCAGGUUUUCUGAAGCCAAUUGAAGCAGCACCACGUGGGAAAUAUUCAGAUAUGUUUGAAACCAAAGAGAUGGGAAUAACCACUAUACUUCUAUUCUAUAUUUGGUUUACAGCUGCAUUUGCAUAUUAUGGUUUGGUGCUAUUCACAACAGAGUUCCUUACAAAAACUGUAGAUAACACUUGUUCAAGAAAAACAUUAGAAAGUUUAUCAAGGGGUUGUAACUUUUGGUGUGAAAGAAUGGACACUCAAGAUUACAUAGAUUUUAUUAAGACUACAUUUGCAGAAUUUGUUGGUAUAUUCUUUAACAUAGUCGUCGUUGAUAUACUUGGACGCAAACGAACACUUUCACUUGUUUGUAUGUUAUUUUGUGUAUUUUCAUCGCUGCAGUUCUUUUGUUUAUCAAGGACCAAUAUGGUAAUUUUUUUAUUUUGUGCAAGAGGUUCUGUAUCAGCUAUAUUUAAUGUGGUGUUUAUUUAUACUCCUGAAGUAUACCCAACCACUAUCCGUGGAUUAGCACUAGGUACUUGUAGUACAGUUGCUAGAGUCGGGGCUAUUGUGACUCCAUUCAUUGCGCAAGUAUUAAUGGAAGUCUCCCCUACGCUUGCCAUAGGGAUCUAUGCUGGAAGUGCUCUCCUUGCCAGUAUAUGUGCACUUCUCUUGCCGAUCGAAACAACAGGUCGCUCUAUGAAGAAUAAAAUUGACAUAAUUGCUGAUAUGGACAGUGAGCAGGAAGACUCUGAAGAUGAGAUAUGAUGGAUGAACUGUGAUCAAAUUUGCUUUGAUUUUGAUAUCUUUUAUAGACUCUUGAAGCAGGGCACUAACUCUGAGAUUGCAAUGCAACGGUGCGCGCACAGCCAAUCAGUUCACACUACCAACGACAAUCAGCAGAUGGUGUUGUAUUGUCUAGCAUUCACAGGGAGCCGAGUUGGUUUCAUCGUCAUUUUUUCGUGAGAAACACACUUGGUAUAACCACGGAAAGCCAAAGACAGUGGGGAGUCAUUUUAAUGGUGGUUGCACUUCUCAGGCAUAUUACACAGAAGACCAACAGUUUAAAUGCCUCACCUGAAAGACAGUGCACGCACUAUUUUCAUAACUUGUAUUUCAGCCCUCAAGCUUCGAUACAAGAGUAGCAGAAGGAAUUAAAUCAGGGACCAAAGGUAAAAAUUUCCAUGGUUCAGCGCACACACAGUGGCUGCCACCAGUUUAGCCGAAUGACCUAACCUGUUCUCAUUUCCUCCAGUACUAAAAUCAUGUGGUAUGCAUUCCCAAUAGCUAUUGGAUGAAGAUAGUGUAAUUUUAUUCCUUAUAUAGUAAAUAGCUAAAAAAUAACUUUACUUACACUUUACAUGUUUUAUACUUAGGCAAGUUAAUACCUUUUAAUUAAACAAUUAUUUUCAUAAAUCUUACCAUUCCUAUAUUUUUUAAAUAGGCUCUUAUUUAAGGUAAUACUGAUAAUUAAUUACAGGGUAUUUAUUUAAUCGAUCUUUUUAUAUGAGCAAUUCUUCGAUUUUUAUAGCAGAUUUUACUACACACAGUUUAUCCAUAAUAUUAUCAAUAUUUAUUCUUAUAUAUUUAAUUGCCUUAUAUUUCUAAUUAUAUACAUAUACAUCUAUUCAUAUGUUUAUAUUGUUGUUUGUAAAAAAUAAAAUAUAUUCACAUUUAUAUUUACUCUGCCUUUUUACACUGUAUUGGCAACACUGCAAGAUGGUUUAAAGGUUGACCAUGGUUGUAAUUUAUUUAUGUGCACAAUGAAUAAUAUUUAUUCUUAUUUCUACUUCAAGAUCUUUUUUCUGUUUCUAUGAAAAUUAAUUUAAAACAAAAAUGUUUGAGCUUUGUAAAGGAUUACUGUUAAGGAACAAAUUAUGAUGUCAUGAAAUUAUGUAUUUAUAAAUCGGAUGUUUUACUGUAAUUUCAAAACUAACAAGCAAUGUACUGGCAAAAAUUCACUUCAAGGUUUUAAUUCAUUAUAAAUAAUUUUUCAAUUUCACUAUUUACAUAAGUAUUUUAUUUAAAAAAAAUGAUCAAAUGAAAUGUUCAGUUUAUUCACAUUUUAUAUAUUGAACUUUUUACAUUAAAAAUAUUCAUAACAAGGAAAUGGAAUUAACUACAAGAUUCAUUGAAUACAAAAGCCAUGUUCACAACCAUUGCUACAACAUUGGUUUAUGUGUCCACACUAUCCAAUUUUAUGUGACCAAAUGUGAUACUCCCAUAUUUGGGUGUAAUAUAUGCAGGAUUGGGGCUGCUGAUAGGGGUCGUGAAGCUCAAGUGGGGGAUCGAUGAUCAGUUGAGAGGGCACUAAAUCACAAAAUAUGGUGAUUUUACGUGCUUUUUAACAACUUGAACCAUGAUUUUUGUGGGAGCGCGAUUAAUUCUUGGAGGGGCAUGCAC